UAGUUUAUAUGGCAACACUUCUGCUUUUUUGUAAAUAAAUCUUCGUAGCUUGGGCAGAUUUCUGGAGUUUCCUUGCAGAUUUGUGCCAUUGUUUUCCAUCAACAAUGAAUUCAGCGACAAAAGUUGGUGAAAUUUUUACCGCAGCAGGCUCAGCAUUCAAUCGACUAGGAGAAUUGACAAUGCAAUUGCCAACGGCUGAUGCUCCUGCUGGAAGCAAAUGGACAGAUGAAGAAAUCGAAAUGCUUCGAUCGGCAAUAACGCACUUUAGUGAGGAUUUAAAUAAGAUUAGUCUCCGCAUUAAAAAUCGCACCGUAUCCCAAAUUAGACAGACUCUGAAGAAGAAGGCCUUCGAGGAGGCAGGAAUUCCCGUGAUACCCGUUCAGCAGCAAGUGCAGCAACAAAUACCCACACAGCAAGUUAUUGUGAAGUCCGAAGAACAACCUGGACUCAUGGGCAAAUCCGCUGAAGUAAUGAUGACCCUCAACAGGCUGAACACCCAGGAAUCGGAAGUUGAUGUUGAGGAAUUGGCGACACAUGUAAAGUUGGAAUUUGAGGCAGGACACGAGGAAGUUGCAGGAUGAAAUGAACUUCCUGAAUUUCUCUUAUAAAAUAAAUCUUAAGAUUGAUUUA